AUUUCAUGACCUCCCCACUCCUCAUCAUUCCACCCCUCCACAUUGUCUCUCUGUCUAUUUCAAUAAAUCCAUAUCACACCACCCACGAGAACUCUUGUUUGGUUGUUCCCCUCGUUUCCUCUCUCUCUCUCUCCCCUGUGAAAAAGAAGAUAUGGGUUUCUCGAUGACAGAAGGAAUUAUUUUCGCUUUAAUUCUGGUGGGUUUAGAAAUCCAAAGCUGUUGUUCACAGGUUACCCAGAUUAACAGGGGAAGCUUUCCAAAGGGUUUCGUUUUUGGCACUGCUUCUUCCUCAUACCAGUUCGAAGGAGCCGUGAAAGAGGACGGAAGGGGGAAAACCGUGUGGGACACUUAUGCCCAUAAAUUCGGUAAGGUAGUUGAUUUUAGCAAUGCUGAUGUUGCAGUUGAUCAGUACCACCGCUAUAACGAAGAUAUAGUACUUAUGAAAGACAUGGGAACGGAUGCCUACCGAUUUUCUAUCGCCUGGUCUCGGAUUUUUCCUGACGGGAGUGGAGAAAUAAAUCAGGCCGGUAUCGACCAUUACGACAAACUCAUCGACGCCUUACUAGCCCAAGGAAUCGAACCAUACGUAACGCUGUAUCACUGGGACCUUCCCCAAGCCCUGGCAGACAAAUACAACGGAUGGCUGGAUCCCCAGAUAAUUAAGGACUUUGCGGUAUACGCAGAGACGUGCUUUCAGAAUUUCGGGGACCGGGUGAAGCACUGGAUUACAUUCAAUGAACCUCACACGUUUGCCAUCCAAGGGUACGAUGUGGGUCUCCAUGCACCGGGGCGAUGCUCCGUCCUCCUUCACCUCUUCUGCCCCGCCGGAAACUCCGCAACCGAACCUUACAUAGUCGGACACAACGUUCUCCUUUCUCAUGCAACCGUAGCUCAAAUUUACCGGAAAAAAUACAAGCCAACACAACAAGGCUCAGUUGGGAUAUCGUUCGAUGUAAUGUGGUACGAACCAAUGUCAGACUCUGCCGAGGACAUUGAAGCAACACAGAGGGCUCAAGACUUUCAGUUUGGCUGGUUUAUGGAUCCAUUAUUCUCUGGGGAUUAUCCGAUCUCGAUGAGAAGUAGAGUGGGAAGGCGGCUGCCAACAUUUUCUGAAGCAGAGGCUGCACUGGUUAAGGGGUCUUUGGACUUUGUUGGGAUAAACCACUACACUACGUGGUAUGCCAAGGACAAUUCCACCAAUAUAUUAAGCCUCCUGCUUAACGACACUCUGUCAGACUCUGGGACCGUAACACUUCCUUGGAAACAUGGGAAAGCAAUAGGAGAUAAGGCAUCUUCAGUGUGGUUGUAUAUUGUGCCUCAAGGAAUCAGAAAGUUGAUGAAUUACAUUAAGCAAAAGUAUGGAAACCCUACUGUCAUCAUCACUGAAAAUGGGAUGGAUGAUGCAAAUAAUCCAUUUAUCUCCAUAAAAAAUGCUCUUAAGGAUGAAAAAAGGAUCAAUUAUCACAAUGACUAUCUUACAAACUUGCUGGCUUCUAUUAGGGAAGAUGGGUGCAAUGUGAAAGGAUAUUUUGUAUGGUCUCUCUUGGAUAAUUGGGAAUGGGCAGCUGGCUACACAUCAAGAUUCGGUCUUUAUUUUGUGGACUACAAAGACAAGCUCAAGCGAUACCCUAAACACUCUGUUCAGUGGUUCAAAAAUUUCUUAACCACUGUUUAAAAAUUCAUAACUUAUAAGUUGUUGAAUCUGUAUAUUUCCUAACAAAAGAAAAUAUUAUUUCAAAGGUCUGAUCGAUCUAUUAUCCA